AUGACAGUCAUUCCUCUCGUACCAGAUAGUAUCCCAAUAUUGGAUAUACGUAUAUUAGAUGGUAAUGAUCAAGAAAAUAUAUGGAAAAUAUUGAAAUCAGUUUUUCCUAAUUGGUCAAAAGAAUAUACAAAAAUGAAACCAUUAGAAGAAGGAUUAUCUAAUAUAGUUCUACGUUUUGAUCAUGAUAAUAAAAUAGAUGAACCUAAAACUAUUCUUAUGAGAAUUCGAACAAGAUUAGCCGAUUUUAUUGUGAAUAGAUGGGAUGAAAUAAAACAUAUGCAUUUAUUACAUGAACUUGGUGGUGAACAAAAAUUAUAUGCAGUUUUUCAAAAUGGUUUAGUUUAUUCAUUUAUUAAAGGAUCAACUAUAAGUGUGGAUAGAUUUUCAGUGCCGAAGUAUAGCGAAUUGAUAAUUGAACAAGUGGCUAGAUUGCAUAGUUUACCAACUCGAGAAACUAUGCUACGUUUAUUCCCUAGUGAAGUAAAUGAUUCAUCAAAACUUUAUACAAAACCUGUACUUUUUCCAACAAUACGAAAAUGGAUUGAAAAAUUACCAACUGGCUAUAAUAAUGAUAAACAAAAAUUUGAAAGACUUAAAAAUGAAUUUCCUUCAAAAACAGUCCUCUUGAAUGAAGUGGCAUAUUUAGAGAAAUUACUUAAAAAUCCUAUUUCCCCAGUUGUCCUAUGUCAUAAUGACUUAUUAGCUGGAAAUAUUGUCAUGCCUCCGGAUGAAAAAUCAGUCCACUUUAUUGAUUUUGAAUAUUGUGGAUUUAAUCAUGCAGCAUUUGAUAUUGGGAAUCAUUUCUGUGAAUUUGCCGGUAUCAAUGUUGUCAAUUUUGAUAAUUAUCCAACAAAAGAAUAUCAACGUAUGUGGAUAAGUAAAUAUUUAAAAGCAAAAAAUUAUUAUGAAAAAAAAUUCAAUCAACAAACGGAAAUUAUUCAUAAUGGAUAUUCCACUACUCCUAUAAUGAUCAAUUCACAUUCGAAUCAUAUGGAUCAAGAUCAUAAUAAUAAUAAUAAUUGUGAAAAUGAAAGGUUACUUGAGAAAUGGUUGAUUGAAGUGAAUAAUUUUGCUCUGUCGGCUCACUUGUUCUGGGGUGUUUGGGCAGUAAUAUUAUCGGUUCAAGAACAGACGAAAUUCGAUUAUUUAUCAUAUGGUAUCUCUCGUAUCAAUCAGUAUUACGCAAUGAAAAAUCAUCUUAUUACAAUGAAUUCACAAAUAAAUUCUUUAUGCAAUAAUUGA